AGGCUCGGCGACCUCCCCUCAGGAAAGGUAACAUAAAAGAAUCUCACUGCACAUCAUGUCGGACGGCAAUACUAUUCCGAGCAACGUGGGGACUUAUCUGGCCAGGCGACUGAUCAAUGUCGGCAUCAAGGAAUAUUAUGCCGUGCCUGGUGACUACAACCUUUUGCUUCUGGACCAGCUCCUCUUGUUCCCCGAGCUGAAACUCAUCUCUUGCUGCAAUGAGCUCAAUGCGGGAUAUGCCGCUGAUGGCUGUGCCCGCAAAAAUGGCGUUGCAGCUAUGGUUGUUACGUAUACAGUGGGCGGCUUGAGCGCAAUCAAUGCCAUUGCUGGAGCAUACUCCGACGACUUACCCAUCAUUUUCAUAUCUGGAGCGCCCAACUCCAACGAUUAUGCCUCGGACCGGAUCCUGCAUCACACAAUUGGCAAGAUGGAUCGUCGUCAGCAGAUUGAUAUGUUCAGCCAUGUGGUCGCCGAGGCGGUCGAAAUCCGCUCUCCCGGUCAGGCAGCGCGUCAGAUCGACCACGCGAUUGUCACGGCCAUGACCCAGAAGAAACCUGUGUACCUGGAUGUGGCCUGCAACAUCUCCGAGGAGCAUGUCUCUUUACCCAUCCCGUUCCAAAUUCCUCCGCGCAAGCCUUCCAACGCCGCCUCCUUGCGCGCGGCCGUGCAAACAACCCUGACACAGUGGACGCAUGCGGCCAAGCCUGUCAUCGUCAUAGGUGUGAAGGUGCGCAUGGCGGAAGCUUUCGAUGCUGUCAUCCAACUGGCUGAUGCUGCGGGCUGCGCGGUCGCAACCAUGCCUGAUGCCAAGGGUAUGUUCCCUGAGGAUCACCCCCAGUACAUUGGCACGUACUGGGGGCCUGUAUCGAGCGUGGGGGCGGGAGAAACCGUGGAGAGUGCAGACAUGUACAUUUUUUUGGGCUCGCGCUUCAACGAUUACAACACCACGGGGUACACGUGCCUGAUCAAGAAGAAGGGCCUUGUCACGGCGAACGUAGACAGGGUAGAGACCCCCGGGGGGGAGUAUGGGUGCGUGAACAUGGCGGAGUUUGCGGUCGCUUUGGCCAAGGUCAUUCCGCGAAACGACGCGUCCAUAAAGGCCUACACCCGAAUUUUUGCGCCCGAGGCUCGGUUGGCGGCUCGGCCGGCCGAGACGCUUUUGACGAUGCGAUUUGUGCACGAGCAGGUCCAAAAUUUGCUGACACCGAAAACGGCACUGCUCGUGGAGACAGGCGACUCCUGGUUCCAAGGGCAAACAAUGAAGCUGCCUCGUGGGUGCGGCUACGAGUUCCAAAUGCAGUACGGCUCGAUCGGCUGGUCCGUCGGAGCUGUGCUUGGGUAUUCCUUAGCGGCCCAGCACGAAGGUCGGCGCGUGGUCGCCAUGAUUGGCGACGGCUCCUUUCAAAUGUCGGCGCAGGAGGUCUCGACGAUGAUCCGCUACGGGGCCAACCCGAUUAUUGUGCUUAUCAACAAUGGGGGGUACACAAUCGAGGUCGAAAUUCAUGAUGGCAUCUACAACGUGAUCAAGAACUGGGACUACAAGAAGCUCAUUGAUGCGUUUUGCCAUGAUGAUGGCAAGGCCCUCACCAUUUGUUGUAAGACGCAGGGGGAGCUAUUGGAAGCGAUGGAGCAGGCAAAGACACACCCAAAUUUGGUCUUCCUGGAGCUCAUCCUCGACAAAGAUGAUUGCUCGAAGCAUCUCCUGGAGUGGGGCUCUCGAGUGGCCACAGCAAAUGGACGCCCAUUUGUGGAGCGUUAAGUGGGUCGCAUGGAUACAUUUUUAGAUAGUCGGGGUACAGACAAGAUGUGGCCCCUGAAUGAGAUGAUUAGAUUCGAAGUUGUGAAGGGGCUCCCGCUUGCCCUCCUUGUGCCGUGAAUUAUUAUGAUUGUAUGACGAUUGCUAUGCGAUGUCGUCAGAUAGAGACUAGUUGAAGACCUCGAUGGUGGGGCUGUUUGAAUGAAAGCGCAAAUUGGCAUGGCAUAUUGACCAAAGAAUGCUUUUUUGUGCACGCGCUUUCUGUGUAUUUCGUGAUGGACCCGGAAGUAAGGGCGUCGAUCACUUCCAUAUUUGGAAGGCAAUCCAUUUUUGGAAGGCAUUGCCAGAGCCUCGUGUAAAUGAAUUUAUUUUUUGGGGAUAUUUAUAUAAAGUAAGCCGGCGAGCCGGACAUUAUGGUUCUUAUAAGCAUGAUCCUCGAUGUGCAAGGUCUGUUGGCGGUAGGACUUUUUCGGGGGAAACGUACGCAAGAUUUAUUUGGGAAAAGGAUUUCGAUAUAGGUGGACUUCAACGUGCUCAGAGUCAACUCUCUACACAAGCCACUCCAUAUGUCGAAAAGCAAUGGAAUUACCUCUUGAGCAAA